AUGGGCUUUGCCCUGGAGCGCUUCGCCGCAGCGGAGGGCCCGGACUCCAAGUGCAAACUGUGCGGCCAGGUGCCGGGGGAGCCGCUGUGCACGCCCUGCGGGCACGUCUUCUGCGCCGGCUGCCUGCUGCCCUGGGUGGCGCGGCGGCGCCGGGGCCCGCGGCAGCGCCAGCCCCCGGCGCCGGGCGAGCUGCACCGGGCGCCGCCUGCGCGCAGCCUCGUGCAGCAGCCGCGCGUCCAGGGCUGCGGCCGCUCGGCCCGGCUGCACGAGCUGGCGGCGCACGUCGAGCGCGGGGCCCGGCGCCGCCCGCGGGACUGCGUCUCGGGGCCCGGCGGCCGCGGCGGCGGGGACCUGCCCGCGCGGGGGGGCUGCGGCGCGGCGCCGGGGCCGGGGCCGGGGCCGGGGCCCGGCCGGGGCGGGGGCGCGCGCGGGGGGCCGCCGGGCGGGAGCGGGCGCGGGCGGGGGCCCGGGGCGCGAGUCCUGGCCUGGAGGCGGCGCGAGAGGGCUCUGCGGGCGCAGCUCCGGGCGCUGCAGGGCGAGGUGCAGCUCGCGGCCCGCGGGUACCGGGAGAAGUUCGCGCAGUACAUGGCUCACGUCCGCAACUUCGCCGGGGAGCUGGGCGGCGGCCGCGGCCGGGAUGGAGAACAUAAGCCAUUCACCAUUGUGUUAGAAAGAGAAAAUGACACAUUGGGAUUCAAUAUUAUAGGAGGUCGACCAAAUCAGAAUAAUAAGGAAGAAGCAUCAGCAGAAGGAAUUUAUGUUUCAAAAAUUUUGGAAAAUGGACCUGCUGACAGAGCAGAUGGCCUGGAGAUUCAUGACAAAAUCAUUGAGGUCAAUGGGAAGGAUCUCUCAAAGGCCACCCAUGAAGAGGCAGUGGAAGCUUUUCGAAAUGCCAAGGAGCCCAUUGUGGUCCAGGUGCUAAGACGAACACCUCUCAGUAAACCAGCCUAUGGAACGGCCCCAGAAGUGCAGCUCAUGAACGCCAGCACUCAGACAGACAUCACCUUCGAACACAUCAUGGCUCUGGCCAAACUGAGGCCACCUACCCCUCCAGUGCCAGACGUCUGUCCAUUCCUGCUCUCAGACAGCUGCCAUUCUCUUCAUCCGAUGGAGCAUGAAUUUUAUGAGGACAAUGAGUACCUUUCCAGCUUGCCUGCUGAUGUAGACAGAGCAGAGGACUUUGAAUAUGAGGAGGUCGAGCUGUGUCGUGUUAGCAGUCAAGAGAAGCUGGGCCUGACAGUCUGUUACCGAACGGAUGAUGAAGAAGACAUGGGCAUUUAUGUCAGCGAGGUAGAUCCAAAUAGCAUUGCUGCCAAAGAUGGCCGAAUUCGAGAAGGGGAUCGGAUUUUACAAAUAAAUGGGGAAGAUGUCCAGAAUCGAGAAGAAGCAGUGGCAUUGCUGUCUAGCGAUGAGUGCAAGAGAAUCGUGCUGCUCGUUGCAAGGCCAGAGAUUCAGCUGGAUGAAGGCUGGUUGGAAGAUGAAAGGAAUGAAUUCUUAGAGGAGUUAAACUUGGAGAUGCUGGAAGAACAGCAUAAUGAAGCAAUGCAGUGCACUGCCAAUGAGGUGGAGCAGCCCAAAAAACAAGAAGAAGAGGAAGGCACCACGGACACGGCCACAUCCUCCUCCAAUAACCAUGAGAAGGACAGUGGGGUGGGGCGCACGGAUGAAAGCCUGCGGAAUGAUGAGAGCUCGGAGCAGGAGAAUGCAGCUGAGGAUCCCAAGGGCGCAUCCUUGAGGAGCACGAGAGGGCUGGGGCAGAGCCAGGACACCCUAGGAAGCGUGGAACUUCAGUGCAAUGAGAGCUUGGUGUCUGGCGACUACAUGGACUCCGACUGCGUGGGCCACGCAGAGGAAGAGUGUGAAAGGUUCCGACAGCUCCUGGAGCUCAAGUGCAAGAUUCGAAACCACGGAGAGUAUGACCUGUAUUACUCGAGCAGCACAAUAGAAUGCCACCAAGGGAUGGGCGUGGAGCACGAGCUCCAGCUGCUUAACGAAGAACUGCGCAGCAUUGAGCUCGAGUGCCAAAAUAUCAUGCAGGCUCACAGGCUCCAGAAAGUGACAGACCAGUAUGGAGACAUCUGGGCCUUGCACGACGGAGGAUUCCGGAAUUAUAACACCAGCGUGGAUGUGCCGAGGGGAAAACUAGAUGACAUCCUCGAACACCCAGAAAAGUCGGACAAGGACAGUUCCAGUGCUUACAACACGGCGGAGAGCUGCAGAAGCACCCCGCUCACCGUGGACCGGUCCCCCGACAGUUCCCUUCCACGAGUGAUCAACCUCACCAAUAAGAAAAACCUGAGAAGCACAGCAGGGGCCAGCCGGCCUUCUUCGGGAGCCAGCAGCAAAGAGUCGACCUCCAGCAGAGCCAACACGGCAGAACAAGGCUGCAGCAGCGUGGAGGCCAAGGAGAAGGCGUCGGGGAGCUGCAGCAGGCUUUCCGACCAGGACAGGCCCAGCGGUGAGCAGCGCAUCCCUUACCUGUCUCCUUAUCACAGCUCCUCCUACAGGUGUGCAAACAUCCCAGCGCAUGCCCGGCAUUAUCAGAGCUACAUGCAGUUGAUUCAGCAGAAAUCUGCCGUCGAGUAUGCCCAGAGUCAGCUGAGCCUCGUGAGUAUGUGCAAGGAGCCCCAGAAGGGCUCGGAGCCCAAGAUGGAAUGGAAGGUGAAGAUCCGCAGCGACGGGACGCGGUACAUAACGAAGAGGCCAGUGCGAGACCGGAUUCUGCGGGAACGUGCCUUAAAGAUCAAGGAGGAGCGCAGUGGCAUGACCACGGACGACGACACCAUGAGCGAGAUGAAGAUGGGCCGCUACUGGAGCAGAGAGGAGAGGAAGCAGCACCUGGUUCGGGCCAAAGAGCAGCGUCGGCGCCGGGAGUUCAUGAUGCGGAGCCGCUUGGAGUGUCUCAAGGAGAGUCCCCAGAGUGGCAGCGAGGGCAAGAAAGAGCUCAGCAUCCUUGAACUGAGCCACAAGAAGAUGAUGAAAAAAAGAAACAAGAAAAUCUUGGACAACUGGAUGACAAUCCAAGAACUGAUGACCCACGGGGCCAAGUCUCCGGAUGGCACACGAGUUCAUAAUGCCUUUUUGUCAGUCACCACCGUAUGACCGAAUGAAUGGGACGCAACGGAUUUUUAGGAGGGUGCUACCAGUUUGGGUAGAGUAUGAUUGCCUCGUUCAAUGUGGCGUUUUUAUAUAUAUUUUGCGACUCUUUAUAGUUUAAAUUUUUUGUAAGCAAAAAUACCUGGUAAUUUUCCAUUUGUUUUUCAUAUACCGGUACCUUCUUUUUUGGCCGAGAUCUUUCUUUGACUUGUGAUAUAUUCCUAUUGCUCAUUUAUAUAUAUAUAUAUAUAU